UGGGGUGGGGGUUUUAAGGGUUAUAUGUAAGUAGGGGUUGUUUGGGAGGUACCUGUUUUAAGAUGAUUUGUUCAAGAGUAGUAUUUAUGCACUCCUUAGACAUGUUUGGUAAUUUUUCUAUUAGUAUUGUGAAGAAAAAACAGAGUGGAAGAGGCAAAAACUUGUUAAGUGUGAAUUUUAGCAGUACUUUCAACUCAAGAAGCAGGAGAUGAACAGUUAUGCGUCCAAGAGCUUACAAGAAGAACUCGUCUGGGAAUAAAAAGAAGAAAGCUAAAGUUCAGACUAAAAGCCCAGUUAGGAAAAGAGCAGAUGUGACCAAAGAUGAGAAGCUUGAUUAUUUCUAUACCCCUCUUAGAAAGGAUUACGUUAAGGAACAUGAAAAAUUCAUGAGUUUCGAUCAGGAGUAUGACUAUCAAUUACUUGACUGGAAGUCAAUCUCCAACCUCAUCCUUUCUGACCAGAAGAAGCCUUUUAAACUAGCUUUAGACAAGCUUAAUAAGAUAAAGUGUAAACGUUUUGACCGCAAACUGUAUGACAAAUCCGACAGCAGGUUAAAAAAAUCAAAAUUUUUCGCUUCGCUCAUGAAGGCUUCAAAACGGAAGAUUGCACACAAGGCUACUAAGAGAGGUCCGAGUCCGAAUGGAAGUUCGGAAUCUUCAGCAAGCCAAAUCCGGAGGAAUAAUUUUAUGGAUAAAAUCUUGACUUUUAAUAAGAAGAAUCUUGCAGUCUCUGAACGGAGAGCUACUGUUGCUGAUGGGACUAAUAAGAAUUUUAUCCACCCUCCUGAUGCGUUAGUGGCUCCUUCUGAGACUGAUAUGGGGCAAAAUAUUGACCUUAAUUCAAGAGGACUACAGUCAAGCUUGAUGGAAGUGUUACAAGAAAAUCUUGAUGAAGAGAAAGCAAGCGAGCAUGAGAAGAAAAUAGAAGAUAAAUCAGAAAAAGAGUCUUCUAAGCUAUCUAGAGUAUCGAGUUCUUCAAGUAGCUGUAGUUCAGCCACCUCAAUCAGCUGUAAAUACGAGAUCAAUGUGAACAGCAUUGAGGCCAAUAGUCAAAGAUCUUUAUCUAAAAAGCUGAGUGUUUGUGGGCCUUCAGAGAUAGAUGAAACUGAGCAGUUUGGCUCUGUGCCUCCCAUGAAGAUCAACAUUCUGCCUGAUCUCUCAAAUAUUGAGAAAAUGUUGCAAUCAAAUGAUUCCUCUUCGAACUUAACCUCAUACUCCUCAACUAGCUCAAAAGUGAGUUUGAAUAAGGAAUUUAUGAAAUAAAUCAGGUGAUGCAAAUGCUUUGCUAGUGAAACUCCACUCGAUUGGAGGUCAGCAUCACAGAAGGAGCAGCAUCACCUUUAACAAUGCUCUUGAAUCAGUCCCUAACGAUAAUAAGAGCGAGAAUCUUAAAAAGGAAGAGGGUAAGCCCAAAAAGUCUCUUUUCAGGAAAAGUCAUAAAAACUUCAACAGUAUUUGACUAAGUAAGAUGAGAGAGAGCAAGACAGCUUCUCAAUUCAAAAAUAUCAAGAGUAGUUAUAGAAGCUUAUUUCGAAAUAAAAAAUCAACAAGAAUGUCAAGACAUAGGCUUCCUUUUGUAAUGGGAAAAUCACCUACGAGGAAGAAGACCACAGCUGGAGGACUCGUCUCAGAUAUCGAUAGAAGAAAGACUUGUAUGGUUCAAAACAAAACUGUAAUGGCGAAUUAUAAGAAAGCUACCAUCCUGUCGCAAUAAAA